AUGGAUGCAUUAGUUUCCAUUAACUCAAACUGGGGAAUAAUGUUCAUCAUUCAGACCACUGUUGGAAUCCUAGCCAAUUCCUUCCUCUUUCAUCUGUAUAACUUUCCAUUGUUCACUCCACAAGUGGUGAGACCCAUGAACUUGAUUCUCAAUCAGUUAGUCAUAUCAAACACUCUGGUUCUCUUCUCCAAAGGGAUUCCUCAGACAGUGGCCACCUUUGGGUUGACAUCUUUCCUGGGAGAGGCUGGGUGCAAACUUCUCCUCUAUUUGUACAGAGUGGCCAGAGGGGUCUCCCUCAGCACCACCUCCCUCCUCAGUGGCUUUCAGGCCAUUAAACUUCAACCCAAAUUGUCUGGGUGGCUGAAACUCAGGACUAGAUCCUCAAAGUGCAUUGUCACCUGCUGUUUCCUUUGCUGGAUCCCACAGCUUCUGCUCAAUAUCCCUGUUUCUAUGAUCAAACCUGGUCCAAAGAAUAGCAAUAACCUGAGUGAUAAAGGAAUACAUAGAUACUGUUCCUUAACUAUGCCUGAGAAAUUAACUUUCUUAAUAAAAGCAGUGAUUAUAUCCGUAAGUGAUAUUAUGUGUCUGGUCCUCAUGGCCUGGGCCAGUGGCUGCAUGAUCCUUGUCCUGCAUAAGCACAAGCAUCGAAUCCAGCACAUCCAUAGCCACAGCCUCUCCCAAAGGCCUUCCCACGAAGACAGAGCCACACGAACCAUCCUGAUCCUGGUGACCAUGUUUCUGUCCUUUUACUCUCUAGCUUCCAUUUUAUCAUUUUGUAUAACCCAGACUGUGAACCCGAGUCCUUGGCUGCUGAACACCUCUGUGCUGCUGUCAUUGAGCUUCCCAACACUCAGUCCCCUUGUAUUCAAUUUCAGUAAUAUAUGUGUCCUUCAUUUCUGCUGUGUCUUUUGGAUAAAGAAAACAAACAGUCCAACUGUGGUCUCUGAUGUUUGA